UGAUCUGGGAAAUGGCUGUGGGAGUAACAUGCCAUGUGCUGCUCGCUGGGUCCCCUGUACUGUGUGGACUUCCCAUUUCCUGCCUCACUCCCACCUUCUCUCUUUCUCCUUUAGAGGAUCAGGCCUUUAUGCUGGAACUGGACAGUGUCCCCAUGUUGCCCUUGCCUGGUGCAUCUGGGGAGCCCUUGCAGCCAGUGCCGUCACUCUGGAGGAUGGUAGAAGAACAACUGGCACCCAGUGAGAGGCUCGAGGUGAAGGCUAUCUUGGGUGACGAUGCUGUGGAACGGAACUUGGAGCUUCACGCUGAGGUGCAGACGCUGUUGGAAUUCUAUCGGGAACUGCAGUCGGGCCACCUUAGUCCGGAGCAGAGCCCUGGGCAAGCAGCUGACAGCUGGGCCUUGCUGGCUGCUCCUCCCCACCUCAAGGAGCUGGUGCGGGAGGAGAUCCGCCUUCUUCUGAUUGGCCUGCAGCAAAAGGCAUUGCAGGAGGGCAGGGACCAAGAUUGUGCCAUUGCUAAAUACAGCCCACACGUGGUCACCUUCGCUUUAAAGGCAAAUGUUGGCAAUAGCCGGCCAUCUGGGAGCAAAGCCUUCAUCAGGCCACUGUCCUCCAGAGCUGCUAAUGACUUGGGACCCUUCUGUAAUAAACUGAAUAUUGCCCAUAUUGGUGAGGUAUCCUCUCGGCUUCGGACCCUCUUAGAGGAGGAGUGCCAUGCUCUGGAGAGAUACAUCCCUUAUUUACAGAGCCAUCUGGAGGAGGUGCAUUGGCAGGCCACAGAGCUGCCACAGGCAACACAUGAGCCCACCAUGGCUGAACUACAAGAAGAGAAGCGUGCUAUGGAGCGGGAUUUGAAGCUGAGCCAGCCCAAGCCAUGCCCUAGUCCUUCCCUGAUGGCAAAGCAGCUUGGGAAUAGUAGCUACCAGCCCAGUUGUCUGAGAGGCUCUGCCAUGGGGCCAAACUUUGUGGAGAUCAGUCCUGCUCCGAAUGUGGCUCCUUCGCCAACUCCCAGAGAUCAGACUUCUCCUUUAUGCCAUCAGAUGCCACUCUGGAGGGGCCAUGCAGCAAAAGGCCCGUUGGGACGGAUGCAUCAAGAUGGUGAGGACUCCAACCACGCAAGGAAGGACAGUGGCACUCAGCUGCCCAGGCCUGUGGUUCCGACACCUCCUAAGGGAGACAGGAUUGCUUUGGCUUGCAGGACAACAGUGCCAGGCUUGAACUCUGCCUUCCACCCCAUGCCGCCUCCAGAACCAUGCCCAAUGCCCCGCUUUUGCCCCCACACUAGGCUCCUGCGAUGUCAAGGGCCCAGCUAGGGCGGGGAGACCUUCCAGUUCCCUUUGUCACCUCAUUUUCUGCUCCCAUCUUGCAGCGUCUCCUGUGCUUAUGCUGGGCUUAGUGGCUGCUGCUGCUUUUGCCCA